AUGUCGACUAUGCCAGCGAGCCACGGCCACAAUGAGGCCUGUUGCAACAUUCCCCCGGUUGUAUCGACCGGAUACAGCGCCAAAGGGACCUACGACGAGGUUGAUGGUCUGAAGACAUAUGUGACCGGCCCUGCUGAUGCCACCAAGGGAAUCGUCGUUAUCUACGAUAUCUUUGGCUACUUUGACCAGACCGUCCAAGGAGCCGACAUCCUUGCUACGUCUCACAGCCAGAAGUACAAGGUUGUGAUCCCUGAUUGGUUCAAAGGCGAGCCUUGCCCUAUCGAAUGGUACCCGCCCAACAACCCUGAGAAGCAAAAGAACCUCGGGGCCUUCUUCGGCAAGAACCCCCCCCCUGGCGUGGCCGGCAAGCUGCCCGAUUAUGCCAAGGCCCUCGGGGCAAAGUAUCCCAAAAUCAAAUCGUGGGGCAUCCUCGGCUUCUGCUGGGGCGGCAAGGUCGUCAGCCUCGUCACCUCGAGUGACGCCAACCCUUUCUCUAUCGCGGCCGAAUGCCACCCGGCCAUGGUCGAGCCCGAGGACGCCAAAGGCAUCAAGGUGCCGCUGGUCAUGCUUGCCUCCAAGGAGGAGCCCGACGACAAAGUCAAGCAGUUCGAGGCCAACCUCAAGGGCGCCAAGCACGUCGAGACAUUCAAGGACCAGAUCCACGGCUGGAUGGCCGCCCGCGCCGACCUGUCCAACGACCGCGUCAAGGACGAGUACACGCGCGGAUACAAGACGGUGCUCGACUUCUUUGCCAAGAAUUGGUCGUGA